AUGAGUGCAGAAGAUUCGGCGUGGACUAUCCAAGAACAGACACUUGAGUCCCUUGCCGCGGAAUACUCGCAGCGAGCAAACCCAGAGGACAAAGACUAUGCACCUCCUCCAGAGCCAGACUAUGAUCCUUUGAUACAUGUUCCGGACACCGAAGAGGGCCAGAUGCAUCGAAUGAUCGAGGUGCUCGCAAACCUGCGAGGAAUCGUCCAGCGGGUCCAGGAAGAGGCCGCAUUUAGUGCUCACCUGGACACCUUUUUUCGAGCAGCGACAGAAUCAAACCUUGCAGGAGAACAGCAACCGACGUCGGCAAAUGUUUCCAAGAUUAUGAAAGACUUUGAUGCAGUAACCCUUUCAGAUGAGAAGGACAAGACACAAAUCUGA